AUGGGUUCUACGAUACCGACUUCGCUUCUUACAGCGCUCAACUGUCGAGGCAACAUUCACCUCGUUAUCGGUACAAACCCACUCGCUGCGACUCGAUGUGGCCAGUCUCUAGGUUCUGGCGCACAGCCAAUUCUUAUUGCCCCCGAAGGCGCCGAGCUUCAUUAUGCUCUCCAAAAGAGAAUAGACGAUGGAAGUGUUCAAUGGCACAAAAAGGAAUUCCAAGAUACCGAUUUGCUGCGACUUGGUCGUCAGGAAGUCGAUGGUGUUGUGGACGCCGUCUUUGUCACUUCAGCACCACGAGAUGCUCAGACCAUUCGCAUCUCUGCUCUCUGCAAACGAAACCGUAUCCCCGUAAACGUCGUCGACGCUCCUCAACUAUGUACAUUCUCUCUUCUCUCCACACACAGCGACGGCCCUCUCCAGAUCGGUGUCACCACGAAUGGUCGAGGCUGUAAGUUGGCCUCACGAAUUCGUCGCGAUAUUGCCGCUUCACUCCCUACCAACCUCGGCGCUGCCUGUACGCGACUCGGAGAUGUUCGCUGUCGCAUCCACACCGAAGACGCUCUGGUGGCUGAAGACGACCCCGCCUCCCCCGACGACUCUUUUGACCAGGACGCCCAUUUUAACCGCCUCAUUACAGAAGAGGAUGCCAAGAACCGACGAGUGCGCUGGCUCAGCCAAGUCUGUGAAUACUGGCCUCUUAAGCGUCUGGCUGCUAUCACCGACGACGAUGUAGAGACGGUUCUCAAGUCAUAUCCCGGCAACGGACCCGACAUCAAGCGCGACCCUGGCACUCCCGAGAAGCGUGUUGGUACAAUUAUCUUGGCUGGUAGUGGACCUGGCCACCCUGAUCUCCUUACACAAGCUACCCACAAGGCUAUCAAGUCAGCCGAUCUUAUUCUUGCCGAUAAGCUUGUACCUUCUGGUGUCUUGGACCUCAUUCCCCGCCGUACUCCUGUCCAGAUUGCUCGCAAGUUCCCCGGAAACGCCGAUCGCGCCCAAGAAGAGCUUCUUGAAAUGGCCCUUGCAGGAGUCCAAGAGGGCAAGACUGUGUUGCGUCUCAAGCAGGGAGACCCUUAUGUAUACGGUCGUGGUGGUGAAGAGGUUGCCUAUUUCCGCCAGCACGGUUACGGAGACAGGGUCUCUGUUCUUCCCGGUGUCACUAGUGCUCUAAGCGCACCUCUUUUCGCUGCUAUCCCUCCUACCCAGCGUGACAUCGCUGAUCAGAUUCUUAUCUGCACCGGUACAGGAAAGAAGGGUAAAGCGCCUUCACCACCUGAAUUUGUGCCCAGCCGAACAGUGGUUUUCCUUAUGGCUCUGCACCGUAUCAACGGUUUGAUCCGUGAGCUCACCACCCAUGUUGAGCUUGAGCCUUUGGAUCCGGUCAACGAGGACACUGCUACAGCGCAGCCUCCCCCUCCCCCAGAGCCUACCCAAGUCUCUCCCACAACAGGCGAGAGCAAGAGAGUUUUGUGGCCGCGUAACACACCUUGUGCUGUCAUUGAGCGUGCCAGUUGUCCUGAUCAGCGAGUUAUUCGAACGACUCUAGAGCACGUCGCCGAGGCCAUUGAGACAGAGGGCAGCCGCCCUCCAGGACUCUUGGUGGUAGGCAGAUCCUGUGAAACCCUCUUUACCCCUGAAAAGGGACGAGCUUGGGUGACCGAGGAAGGUUUCAGAGGAAUGGAGAUAGAGGAUUUCACAGUUGGUCUGGGAGCAUUGCAAGUAUAA